AUGAUUAUGAACACUUCAAAUAACACAGCGGAAUCAGAGGAGAGUUUCUUGUCUGCCUUUGAGAAGUCUUUGCUCGCUCCUAUUCUCACCAUUGAGAUGGUAUUUGGUGUGUUGGGAAACGCGCUGGUUUUAAUAAUCAAAGUUGUGUGUAAAGAGCAUUUUGAGUGCCGUUACUGGCUGCCGCUCUUCAGUCUCACGCUCUCGGAUUUCUUGUGCUCUGUCCUCAUCAUCUGCGGCUCUCUGUUAUCAGUGCUAAGCGCCGGUCAGGUUUCACCGUGGUGUGAGGUGGUGAGUCUGCUGAAGUUCACCUUCAUCACCUCCUCCAUUGGGAGCUUAGCUCUGCUCUGUGUUCAGAGGUUUAUGGACAUCCCAUCUAAAGGCACCAGACUGUCUGUUGUCAUGGCGAUAGCAUGUGCAGCAUCAUGGGCUACUGGAGCCAUAUUUGGAGCAGUGCCAGUAGUUUAUAACUGGAUAAAGUAUGAUUCGGCCGAAAUGCUGUGCGCAGUCUUCUGGGAGAGCAGCUAUUCAGACAUGCUGGUUUACAUCCUCUGUGCUUUCUCCAUCUCCAUCUUCGUCCCGCUCCUCCUCAUCCUCUCCUGCUCCAUCCUCACGUGUGCAGGCUACAGGAAAAACUCCAGCAGUCGGGAUGAUCUGUCCUCAGUCACGCCACUGCUGGUGAUCGUCUAUCUCUUCUGUUACGCUCCAUUUGCUGCUUCUGAGCUAGUUCUUCUUGGCAGGCUUGAUCUGUCCCCGUCUCCAGGCUGGCUGCGGUCACUGUCAUCAGUAAUGGCGUAUCUGGACUGUUGUCUAAACCCCUUCAUCUACCUCACAAAUAAAGACUUCCGGCGAGCAGCGCUCAUACUGAUGUGGCACAGAAGGAGAGCUACUUUUCCAGAGCCGGUGCUCACAGGCAUUACAAGGAUUGAACUUUGAGGAUUACUAGCAUAUUUUACAAUAUGUGAUUUCUGUUUCUGCAAAAAAUAUUUAACAAUAUAAAAUAAAAAAAUAAUAAAUAA